AUAACUUUUGACGUUUGACAGAACAUGAUGGCGGACAGUUAUUAUAUUGUCUAGGGCUCUUGUUGAUUGUUCUGUACUGAAGAAUGUGGUUCAGUAUUUUUUUGUUGAUAUCUAGAUCAGCACAAAUUGAAAGAAAUAGCAAGAUUAUAUUUAAGGAUUUUGAAUAUUAAGCUGUAGUAGUGUUUUUUAAUGAGACAACCUUAUUCAUUAUUCUCAAUGAUAAAACAGAAAUGUUUUGAGUCUAGCAUAAUCUAUCAAUUAAAACUUUUGAUUUACCAAAGUUAAUGAAUAUUAAAAACAAUAUUGCAGGAGCAAUAUAAGUUUCAAGUAUUGCAAUUGAUUAUUCUACCAAAUAGUGGACUAACUUUGUUAUUUGAAAAUGGCCUCUGCUUUUGAACUAAUUUUCAAACAUGUUCGUACUAUGUCAACUGCCGGAAAUUACAGAGAGUUGAGCGAAUAUCUCAGUAAAUUUUCAGAGGUUUUGCUGAAGAAUGGUUCUUUGCUUGAUUCUUCAUUAGAUUCCUUGAAUAUGCAACAGCACUCAAUUGGAUAUCUAGCUAUAUUGUGUGCUAAAUAUAAAUUAUCCCAGAAUUCAGACUACUUACCAUUAUUUAAUCGGGCAGCAGAGUUUAUAAACUUAUGUAAUGGAGAACAAAUUAGAUUUGCUGUAGAUUCUUUUGUGGAACUGUGUCAUUAUAUAACAGCAUCAUUGGUAGAAGCAAAGGAGCCUAAGGGUGUUGAAACUUUGUCAAAAGCUAUUACAAAGUUGCAAAUGUUUGAUUCACAAUUAACAUCUAUUCAUGCAGAUCUUUGUCAACUGUGUCUUUUAUCGAAGUGUAUGAAACCAGCUUUGAAAUUUCUAGAUGUGGAUAUAACUGCUAUCAAUAAUGAGAGCAAUUUAGGGUCUCGUUAUUUCUUGUUAUACUACUAUUAUGGUGGCAUGAUAUACUUAUCCUUAAAGAAUUACAAUCGUGCUCUCUAUUGCUUUGAGGUUGUGAUCAGUACUCCAGCACUUGCAAUUUCCCACAUUAUGUUGGAGUCUUAUAAAAAAUUCAUAUUGACAUCACUUAUAGUAAAUGGCAAGUUACCAGCUUUAUCCAAAUUUAGUCCACAAGUUGUUCAACGAUUUAUCAAGCCUCUUUGUGAAGCUUACCAUGAUAUAGCAACAGCGUACAUAUCCAAUAAUUGUAAUGAAGUCAACUCAGCCGCCUUUAAAAACCAGGAAGUUUUUGUUCGAGACAAAAAUAUGGGACUUGUUAAGCAAGUCAUUCAACACUUGUUCAAGAAGAACAUACAAAGGCUAACUAAAACAUUUUUAACAUUAUCACUAUCUGAUGUUGCGUCUAGAGUACAGCUUGACAGCUCAGUAGAGGCAGAAAAAUAUAUAUUAGAUAUGAUUGCUGAUGGAUCAAUAUUUGCACGCAUCGAUCAAAAGAAUGGUAUGGUAGUGUUUCAAGAUACACCAGAACAAUAUGAUAGCCCCAUUAUUAUGGAGAUUCUUGAUAAGAGUAUGACUGCUUGCAUUGAACUUGAUAAACAAAUACUGGCAAUGGAUGAAGAAAUAAAUAUUAAUCCACAUUACUUAAAAAAAUCGAUUGGGAGCCAGGAUGAAGAUAUGCCUCCUACAGCACCAACAACUAAAUCAACUUUUACAAUCUAAAUACUUACUAAUAAUAUCAAAUAAUUACUUAUAUUUUCGUUAAUAAAGCUAACUAUACAAAUUGAAAUGACUAGAAUUGAAAAAAAAUUUCAGGUUUAAUUUUAAACAGAAU